AUGAAGAAAAAUCGUUUGGCCGCUCCUGGUUUGGAGGACUUGCCCGGCGAAAUCUUGUUCCAGAUUCUAGGACCUCUCCCGGUGAUUACGAUACUGAGAUGCACCGCCGUAUGCAAGUACUUGAAUUCGCUGAUCAGAAGCUCCGACUUCGUAUCCCACCACCGCCGUUCCAAUGCCAGCAGCAACCGCCCUUCCCUCCUUCUGAGGCGCUGCGGCUAUGCAAUCUGCAGCGGCGAGAUUGAGGAAGAGUUCUCUCUAUAUUCCCACCCAGAGCUUUUAUCUACUUCUUCCUCCAUCGACAUCUUUUCCCCAUUCAGGCCCAACUCCGACGAUCCCAGGCGCCUUCGUGUCUUCGGAUCCUUACACGGACUGAUCUGCCUCUGCGACAACUACAAGACCUACGCUUACAUCAUCUACGUGUGGAAUCCGUUGCUCCGGCGCUUCAUCGAGCUCCCGAGGCCGACGCUCACUUACGGAAACAUGGGUGAUCAGCUUUAUCUCGAAAGCACGGGCGAUCCAGAGAAUGUGAAUUACCUGUUCGUCGUGUUGGGAUUUGGCUAUGAUUCGAUGAGGGAUGAUUAUAAGGUGGUCCGAAUCGUCUACUCUCGAUCGGCCGAGCCUCCGCGUAGAGCAGAGGUUUACACUCUGAAAGAGCGCUGCUGGAGGGGAGUUGAUGACGCCGAGCGAGCGCUGAAGUCUUGCCAUGUUCGUCGGAAUUGGUGUCAGUGUUUUGUAGACGGGACAAUCUAUUGGCCUGCUAGGGUCGGAUCGAAAUUGAACUACAUUCUGGCUUUCCAUGUGGAUGACGAGAGGUUCAGCAGGAUUGAGUUGCCCAAGGAAUUGCCAGGGGCAGGGGAACCAAGGCGCAUUUCCAUCUCGGAGACCAAGGUCACAGGUUUGCUUACAGUCAUGUAUCGUACUGCCAGUUCCUAUGAGAUUCUGGUGAAGAAAGGUCUUGGUUCCGCUGAGGAUAGUUGGGUAAGAUUUUGUAGCAUAGCUCGAGUUCAAUACUCCCAUCAAGUUGUUGUCGGGCUGUGGCGGGAUGAAAAGGUUUUGCUGGAGUUGAACUGGGAGGAUGAUUUGACAGGAAGUUUGGAGCUUGGGGAGGAUGACGAGCUGUGCCUCUAUGAUUGCAAAACCCAUGAAAUUGAGCGACUUGGGUUGCCAGGUAUGGGGCUACGAAACCGGGGAGCAGCUUAUGCUGCUGAUUACACAGCGAGCUUAGUUUUGUUGGAACCAGAAUUCGGUGCAGUUCCUUGCUGGGACCCUGUAACGGGAUAUUCCUUAAUAAGGCAAGAUAUGAACUUUGGUGUUAUGUGA